CUCAUACGGCACAAAAUGGUGUUGGCUGAGCGCAACAUCACGGAUGUGGUGCAAAACGGACGUCGGUCGCAUGAACCCUGUCCCAACACGAAUAUAGCUGGCGGUGUGGCUUCUAAUGCGAACGUAGUUGCAAGCGGAGGUGCUGGGGCUGGGGUUGUUAACCCCACAAAUCCACAAUCCAAUGAGAAGGCCUCAACGAUCGUACCGGGUGCGGGCACGCCGGAGAGCUCAACAAAGCGCAACGGAAAAUCAAAGGCCAGGCAAUCUGAGUAUGACAAAAAAAUUCGCGUUGGAAGCGACUAUCAGGCGGUUUAUCCGCCACUCUUCGCCGAUGUUGAGCGCCGCCCAGAACAAAUGAAUGAACGCGCCCUCUUGGUCUGGUCGCCAACAAAAGAGAUACCAGACCUAAAAUUUGAGGAGUACAUUUCAGUGGCAAAGGAGAAAUACGGCUACAACGGUGAACAAGCUCUAGCCUUGCUGUUCUGGCACAAACACGACUUGGAUCGGUCCGGGAUGGACUUGGCCAACUUUAUGCCAUUUCUUGAUGAGUGGACCAUUAAGGACAAAGUCUUAUUUGAGCAGGCAUUUCAGUUUCAAGGGAAAAGCUUCCAUCGCAUACGUCAAAUGCUACCAGACAAAUCAAUCGCAAGUUUGGUGAAAUACUAUUACUCGUGGAAGAAGACGCGUCAUCGUAGCAGUGCAAUGGAUCGACAGGAGAAGAUCAUGAAGACUUGUGUCAAGGAUGGUUCCAAGAAUGGCAGUGAAGUGGGUAGCAAUGAGGAGUCUGAUAACGAUGACAAGACGGGCCCAAACAAAAAUGGCACAAACAAUAGCAGUAACAGUGCUUGCAGCAACAAUAAUUGCGACAAUAAUAAUGGAGGAAGCAUCAACAGCAACAGCAACGGCAACAGCAACGACUUGAACGUGGAUCAAUUGUGCAAUUGUGGUGCCCUCGCCACCUGCAAGGACAUCAGCGUGUAUUUAGCCGAACGUGAUCGCAAAAUCAGCGCUUUAAUGGUUGAAAUACAAAAAAAUAGGCAGCUUAUGGAGGUGUUGGAUAAGGAAUGCGAUGCUAUUAAUGUUGACGAUAUUGUAUCUAAGCCAGCCAUAGCGAUUUCGGAGUCGUCCACAACGCAGCCGCCCACUUCUGCUCGUUGGACUCCGGAUGAGAUCAAGGUGCGCGACAAUGGAAAGAACUAUCCGAUGAUAGCCAAACUUGUGCCCACCAAGACCAAAGCGCAUCUCGACCAGAUCGUGAAAGAGUAUGAGGCUGGAAUGUCGGAAGAGUCUGGUGUUGAAGAUCAUAACGAACAGAUAGAUGAUGGGUCAGCACCAGCAGCUAACUCAGACUCAGUUAUUAAGCUGUUUACCGAUGCCAGCAACAACGGACUUAACCCCGAUCAGGAGUUGCAGGCCAAAAAGGCGAAGCCCGAACUGGUAACAGCUGAAGUACAAAGCGACAACAGUGAUGCAGCAGUUGUCACUGCCAUUGCAAUACCCGCUGAGGUUGUUAAUUCAAAUAGUAGCCUCGUUGUCGAACCCACUGGCAACAAGACUGCUUCAAUCACCAUUAUGGAUGAGUCGGAUACCGCCACUAACUCGAGUGCCGAUAUGGCCAUCAGCAGCACCAAUACCGGUGUUAGUGCCUCAUCCUCGUCACUAUCGAGUGCUAACACUCCACCUGCGCCAAUAUUGGUUGAUCAGAAAGAGCCCGACAGCGCAGAGAUAUCCGCACUAAAUCACAGUUCAAAAGGGGACGCAGACGGUGCUGGAGCAAAUGCGGCUACAGGCAAUGCCAAUGCCAAACGCAAAAUCUCCACCGUGACGUCUGCCGAACAGCCCCCACCCAAAAAAGUAGCACUCUGCACCAGCGUGGAACUCCUCGAAAAGUAACUGACCUGACCCAUGGAGCUCGGUGAUGUGUUCGCAUAUGAUAUCUGUGUAUUAUCUGUGUAUAAUAUAAUUACACAAGUGUAAAUUAUAAACUUUACCAUCACCCUUUGUUUUUUGAGCUGUAAUUAGCAUGUAAUGAAGCACUUUUCAAAGUCUUGACAACAUUAGCCGCAAGUAUGAUAUAUAUUCCAAACGAUGGGACCGCUGAAUCCAGCCUCUACACAUCUGAGAACGGUAUUGC